AUGAAUUCUUCUUCUUCUAAUAAAUCAUCAUUUGAUAGAAUGGAACAAAUUCAAGAUAUUUUUGUUCAAAUAAUUAUUGAUGGUGCAAUUGUUUUAAGUGUUAUCGUUUUAUUUCUUAUAAGUUUAUUGACGAUAUUUGUAUUGUUUAUUAUGUAUGGACCUUUAUCAAAUAUUCUAUUACGAUUAUUACCAACAUUAACACCUGUACCAACAUUACCACCUCAAUCACUAACUCGAUCAUCAGUAUUUCGACCAGCUUUGGAUAGUUCGGGUGAUCAUUAUUGA